GCGCCCAGUGUUCCGAAAGAGAGACGAAGGAGACGCUCCUCCUGGAAGCUGAUCGAUUCUUCUGCUCGGUCGGAGUUCGCCAGGAAAUGAGAACGAAGAAGAGUCGGAGAGGUACCUCCAGGACGUCGCCGUCUCCUUCGCUGAAUCAGGGUGUUGGUGGCAAAGACAGCAAUGUGCAUGGUGCGAGUGACUGUAAUGAUGGCGGCGAGCAACAUGCCGUGGAGAUUCCUGUCGAGAGAUCCCGACCCGGAGGUUCGCGAAAUGUUUCUGGUCAAGGAAGCGUGGACAUUCAUUUGCUGGUGAAGCAGAGUUGCUUAAAAUGCGGUAAAGGUGGCCAGUUGCUAGGCUGUUCUGAGCCUGGCUGCCCAAUUGCCUAUCAUAAGAAGUGCUUGAGCAUUGAAACUGAACUUAGAAGAGCGGAAAACUAUUAUUGCCCUUAUUGUUCAUACAAAAGAGCGGUGACUAAGCUUUGUACAUUGAGGGGAAGAGUUGAGUGGACCAAGAAGACUUUGUCUGCUUUCCUUACUACCGGGGUAGCUGAUGAGGAGCAGAAAAAAGGAAGAGACAAUGGAAAAGACUCCAAUGUAUUUCCAUGUCCAGGACAGGAAAAUGUCCAUGACGAUGAGAAUCGAAAAGAGAAAUCUGAUCGCAAUAAGAGUGUCUGUGGAAGUCAAGGUCUAAUAAAGAAUCGACAACAAGGCAAGCUCCAAUCAGGGGAUACUACAGUAUCUUCAACUAAAGGGGAUUUUGUCACUGAUGUGAUCUGUACAGGAAAUGAAGUACAUGAUUUUGAAACUCAGCCUGUUUCUAUGAACAGUAGACGUCCAAUUGUAGUGCCUCGGGACAAGGCACAACCAGAGAAGGUUGUUCCACUAAGAAAAGUUUCCUUCCAAUUAGGCAUCUCUAAGCAGAAAGAUUCUAGAGACAAAAUGAAGGAAGCCACUCCUGCUGAAAAGUUGAGGCAACAGCAACGGUCCCCCAGUGAAUUAGCGAAGCUGCCCCUUCACAAUCUAAAGCGUAGAAGAUUAUGGUCACCUGAAGAGGAGGAGAUGCUAAAGGAAAGAGUGCGGGCAUUCUUGAGCAACGUGAACAAGAAUAUUCCUUGGAGGAAGAUUCUGGAAUAUGGCCGUCGUGUUUUUGAGCCAACUCGUACACCAACUGAUCUCAAGGAUAAGUGGAAGAACAUGACUAGCAGAAGGUAAGGAUGAUGGUCACUGUAUUUUUUUAUUAUUUAAGAGGGCAAAGUCGGGAAGAAGACGGCUCUUUCUUUUUAGUUUAUAGGGAUUUAGCACAGGUUUUUGAUGGGGAAAACGUCUCUGGUGGCUCUGCAUGGCUGUUUUUGUGAGGGUUGAUUGGUAACUGCUAUUUUCAAGCUAUGUACAAGCCAUGUGCAGUGACUUGCCAGGAAACUCAAUUUUGGACUUAUGCACAGAUUUUGUACGGGUUGAUAAUUUUUCUUCUGUAUUAUUGUCUAGUUGGGGGGCUGCCUGGAUGGCUGGGUAGGAGUGCCAGCACAAUGCUAGAGUUUAGGAAAGUGAGAAAUGGACAUAGGCGUCGAUAGGCAUUCAAGGAGCGAAAGUUCAGGAUUCUGUAAAUCUCUAAACUAAAUUGAGCAUAUAGUAGAUCAUUCAGAACUCUUAUUCAUGUUAUAA